AUGGCGCCCGUGCGAGAGUCUGUGGACACCGGUGUCCUCGAGGCACGGUACGCCGAAUUGAACCAGCAGCUUCUCCAGCGACUCAACCGGCUCCAGUACCUUGACCAGCUUCGCCAGGUGCAGGCGCUUAGCGACGAAGACAUCACCCAGCGGUAUCAUGAGGCUAGUACUCAGUGGGGGGAAGGCGUAACCCCCGAGAUAAUGCGCCAAUUCGUGGAAGUAAAGACUCAAGUGGUGGGUCAGUACCUUAACCAAGUGGGACCAUUAGUGGCAAGCGCCGCGGCGCCGGCGGGGACGCCGUCGGCCCACAUUCGUCAGCUCACUAACGAAGUGUACGGCCCUAAGGGGCCCACGGCGACGGUGACUGCCAGCUACGACCGCUACGUCGCCGCCACCAAGCGGUUUGACGAGCUUGUUGAGGCAACGGCGAGCGAGGUGGCGCGUCUCGCUCCGCAAUUGCGGGAAGCAGAGCGCCGUCAACGCCAGAUUGACACAGAAACCGCCAAUACGAGCGCCGCUCGGAUAGACGGCAUCAAGGCCACCUUUGGCGACGCCGCCACAACCAUGGCCGACGAUCUCCGCCUAACUAUCGCUGAGUGGCGGCGUUUACGCGUCGCGUGUGAUUUGGUGCCCAUGGUGGUGCUGAUGCUGCUGGUGGACUGGACGCGGCUGCCAGAGCUAUUGGCAGUAGUGGAAGGGUGCCAGCGCCACGGCGAGCGGCUCGCGGCCCUCGAGCGGGUGGUGCUGGUGGACACGGUGCUGCGGUAUCUGGCGCCGGCACUAUUGGCGCUCGACUUCGACCUGGCUUUAUGA